AUGCCUGAAGGGCAUACAAAGGAAGUUAAUGCUGCUGGGCAGCCCAUUCCUCCAAAGAUGAAGUUGGAAUGUCUUGCAUCAUACACAUUAUGGGGUAAUGUGAUGUCUAUAGCAUCAGUAAAGUGUGCAAGCGCUGGGAGAGACCUGUUAUUAUUAUCAUUCAAAGAAGCUAAGCUCUCUAUUGUUCAGUAUGAUCCACAGAUAAACAACUUGGUUACUUUAAGUAUGCAUUACUUUGAGGAAGAUGAUAUGAAGGGUGGAUGGACAACUCAUCCUCAUAUACCAUGGAUCCGUGUAGAUCCAGAAUUUAGAUGUGCUGUAAUGUUGUUAUAUGGAAAGAAAUUAGCUGUUUUACCAUUUAGAAAGGAUAUAACAUCAGAAGAGGGUGAUCCUUUGGAAGCUAAACCUUUACUAGAUAGUAAAAAGAAUCAACCUACUCAACCAAUAACAAGGUCUCCAACUUUAGCUUCUUAUGUCAUAGUACUAAAAGAUCUAGAUGAGAAGAUAGACAAUAUUCUAGACAUUCAGUUCCUAUACGGUUAUUAUGAGCCUACAUUAUUGUUGUUGUAUGAGCCAGUGAGGACUUUUCCAGGACGUACAGCAGUCCGCAGUGAUACAUGUGCUAUGGCCGGUGUAAGUCUCAACAUGUCGGCGCGAGUGCAUCCAGUCAUUUGGGCAACUGCCGGAUUGCCGUUUGAUUGUAUUCAAGCGGUACCCAUUCAGAAACCUCUCGGUGGAUGUUUAAUCCUUGCUGUAAAUUCUCUCAUAUAUCUGAAUCAGUCUGUUCCUCCAUAUGGUGUUUCGUUAAACAGUAUUGCUACGCAUACAACAAAUUUCCCACUCAGGAUCCAGGAGGGCGUGUGCGUGACGCUGGACGGCGCGCACGUGGCGGCGCUGGGCGAGUGCCGGCUGGCGCUGGCGCUGCGUGGCGGCCAGCUGUACGUGCUGACGCUGCUCUCCGACUCCGUGCGCAGCGUACGCAGCUUCCACCUGGACCGCGCCGCCGCCUCCGUGCUCACCUCCUGCAUGUGUGUGAUUGAAGAGGAUUUCCUAUUCCUCGGUUCGCGCCUUGGUAACUCACUGUUGUUGCGUGUGACGGAAAGGGAGAACCGGAUGUUGUUUACAGUUGAUAAACCAUUGGAGGCUACUGUUGACCUCACAGUGUCAGAGACCGAUAAAGAAACUACAACCACAAACAAAGAACAAACUGCACAAAAGGAGGCACAGCUCGAUCCUGCAACUAAGAAGCGCCGCAUGGACACGAUAAAUGAUUGUGUAGCGUCUAAUGUAAUAGAAAUUAGCGAACAAGAUGAGCUGGAAGUAUAUGGAUCAGAUAUUCGGACGUCAACGCAGUUAACGAGCUAUGUUUUUGAGGUGUGCGACUCGCUGCUGAACAUCUGCCCGAUCGGCGACAUAUCGAUGGGCGAGCCGCAGCUGGUGGGCGAGGAGGAGGCGCGGCGGGAUGCUGCGCUGGAGCUGGUGGCAUGCAGCGGCCGCGGGAAGAACGGCGCGCUCUCCGUGCUGCAGCGCACCGUGCGCCCGCACCUGCUCACCGCCUUCCACCUGCCUGGCUGUAUAGACAUGUGGACGGUGAUAGGCGAGGGUGAGUCCCGGGAAGCCCACAAGGAUAUGGAAGGCUCCCACGCGUACUUGAUCCUCACGCAGGAAGACUCCAGCAUGAUCCUACAAACGGGGCAAGAGAUCAACGAAGUGGACAACUCGGGAUUCAUGACUGGCGCGCCCACAGUAUUCGCGGGCAAUCUGGGCAACAACAAGUAUAUGGUUCAAGUCACCACGACCGCCAUUAGGCUCAUACGAAAUGGGGUGCAGCUGCAGUCGAUCCAGCUGGAGUGGACGGCGAGUGCGGGCGCGGUGGCGGACCCGUACGUGUGCGUGCAGUCCACGUGCGGCCGGGCUCUUGUGCUCGCGCUGCGGGAACUACGCCCCCGGGACCCCAUGUCAGCACGCUUGGCUCCAACUCGUCAAGGCGUUCCAGCCCGCCCGGCUUUAGUGAGAGCGAUGCCAUACCGUGACCUGAGUGGAUUAUUUACUUCUACCGACUUGGAAAAUGUUCAAGUAAAAGGUGAAUUCACCGGCAAAAUGAAGGGCAAGAAUGUGAAAGCGGAAGGCUUCAAGCCUGGCGCCGUAUACGAGCUCAAUGAUGAAGACGAGCUUCUGUAUGGCGGAGACCAGACACCAGCUUCUAUGGCCAGUAUAAUGUUGGCGGAGCAAUCGAAGAACCCUGGUGUGCCACGGCGUAUGUCCCGCUGGUGGAAGCGUUAUUUGAACGAAGUUAAGCCAACGUUCUGGCUUUUCGUCGUCCGCGAUAACGGCAACCUGGAGAUAUACUCUUUACCUGAGAUGAGGCUCAGCUUCCUCGUGAGAGACAUCUGCGCUGGGCACAGGAUUCUCGCUGACAGCCUGGAGAGUGUUCCCGCCAGCGAGCCGGCGGACGAGGAGGAGUACAGCGGUGGCGCUGGUGGGGGCGGGGUUGCGGGCGUGGGAGAGGUGCAGCGGCUGCGCGAGCUGCUGGUGGUGGGGCUGGGUCACAAGGCCUCGCGCGUGCUGAUGCUGCUGCGCCUCGACGGCGAGCCGCUCAUGAUAUACCAGGCCUACAAAUACCCUCGCGGCAACUUGAAGAUGCGUUUCUCCCGUAUGAACGUAUCGUUUCCCUUCGGUUACGAGAGCGAAACCGUCACAUGUCCAGAAGACAGCUACGAGGCAGCCAUGCUCAGGGAUGGAGUGCGACAGCUGCGGUAUUUCGGCAACGUGGGCGGGUACAACGGCGUGUUCAUCUGCGGGCGCACGCCCUACCUGCUGCUGUUGACGGGGCGCGGGGAACUCCGGCUGCACCCGCUGGCGGCGGCCGAGGGCGCCAUACCUGCAUUCGCGCCCUUCAACAACACCAACUGCCCGCACGGCUUCCUCUACUUCAACUCCAAGGGCUGGCUGCGCAUCAGCGUGCUGGCGGGCCACGUGUCGUACGACGCGCCGUGGGCCGUGCGUAAGGUGCCGCUGCGCGCCACGCCGCACGCCGUCACCUUCCACCUGGAGUCGCGCACGCACUGCCUGGUGACGUCACGCGCGCUGCCCACGCAGGAGUACUACCGCUUCAACGGCGAGGACAAGGAGCGCGCGCACGAGAACAAGGGCGGCAGGUUUCCAUACCCGAUGCAAGAGAGAUUCUCAGUAAUGCUGUUCUCUCCGGUGUCAUGGGAGGUGAUCCCCAACACUCAGAUCGAGCUGGACGAAUGGGAACACGUCACCUGUCUCAAGAACGUCGCGCUCUCAUACGAGGGAACCAGGUCGGGACUGAGAGGGUACAUAGCGAUAGGAACAAAUUACAACUACAGCGAGGACAUUACUUCGAGGGGAAGGAUUAUAAUUUACGACAUCAUAGACGUUGUCCCGGAACCUGGGCAGCCGUUAACGAAGAACAGGUUCAAGGAACUGUAUGCGAAGGAACAGAAGGGACCCGUCACCGCACUGGCCCAAGUCUUGGGAUACCUGAUCUCCGCUAUAGGACAAAAGAUCUACAUCUGGCAGCUGAAGGACAACGACCUGGUGGGCGUGGCGUUCAUCGACACGCAGAUCUACGUGCACCGGCUGCUGUGCGUCAAGAACCUAAUCCUGGUGGCCGACGUGUACAAGUCCAUCUCGCUCCUGCGCUACCAGCACCAGCACCGCACGCUGUCCCUCGUCUCCCGCGACCUCAGGACCGCACAGAUCUAUGAUAUGCAGUUUGUUGUGGACAAUACGACGCUGGGUUUCCUGGUCAGCGAAGCGGACGGCAAUCUCGCACUCUUCAUGUACCAGCCGCAGGCCAGGGAGAGCUAUGGCGGGCAGCGUCUGAUCCGCAAGUGCGACUACCACGUGGGGCAGCAGGUGCACGCCAUGUUCCGCAUCAACGCCAAGUCGCUGCCCGAGUCCACGCACCGCCGCCACGUCACCAUGUUCACGACGCUGGACGGCGGGCUGGGCUACGUGCUGCCGGUGACGGAGAAGAUGUACCGGCGGCUGCUCAUGCUGCAGAACGUCAUGAACAACUACUGCUGCCACAUCGCCGGCCUCAACCCUCGCGCCUUCAGAACUUACAAAAAUCCUCGAAAAACGAUUAGCGGUGGUCCAGCUAGGGGGAUGCUGGACGGUGAUCUCAUAGCGAUGUAUCCGUCGAUGCCGAGCGCCGAGAGGCACGAUAUCGCAAAGAAAAUCGGCACCAAAGUUGAGGAGAUAAUGGCGGACCUCUACGAGAUAGACAGACUGACCGCACAUUUCUAG